AUGUGUGGUCUAGCUGGUGACCUUCGCUACAUCUGGUUCAGGAAUGGACAGAAUGUAGGACAGGGAUUGAACUACGGGGCCUACAAUCAGUCUGGAGACAGCUAUUCAUGUGCUGUUGAAGGAUACGAACGUCUCCGCUCUCCUUUAGUGUAUGCUCCAAAGACCCCCUCAGUGACCGUGAGUCCCUCUGGUGAAAUAGAGGAGGGCAGUUCAGUGACUCUGAGCUGCAGCAGUGAUGCUAACCCAGCAGCUGAGUACACCUGGUUCAGUGUUAGUUCAGACUAUAGCUCCAGAGAGAUGAAGCAGGGACCACAGCUCGCCUUUAGAAGCAUCCUGUCCUCAGACUCUGGACAGUACUACUGUCUAGUUCAGAGUGAGCUAAGGACAAAAUCUGAGUUGAUCUAUAUAACCGUGAAAUACGCUCCAAAGACCCCCUCAGUGACCGUGAGUCCCUCUGGUGAAAUAGAGGAGGGCAGUUCAGUGACUCUGAGCUGCAGCAGUGAUGCCAACCCAGCAGCUGAGUACACCUGGUUCAAGAACAACCAACGUCUGCUCUGGGGACCAAGUCAACCUCAUACCUUCCCCUCAGUCCGCCCUGAAGACAGAGGAACGUACCGCUGUCAAGCAGAGAACAAAUAUGGACAACUGAGCUCUAACUCGAUAAUCAUGGAUGUCCAGUACGCUCCAAAGACCCCCUCAGUGACCGUGAGUCCCUCUGGUGAAAUAAAGGAGGGCAGAUCAGUGACUCUGAGCUGCAGCAGUGAUGCCAACCCAGCAGCUGAGUACACCUGGUUCAAGGUUAAUACAGAUCGUUCUCCCAGAAAGAUGAACCAGGGGCCACAACUCGUCUUUAGCUACAUCGUGUCUUCAGACUCUGGACAGUAUCGCUGUGAGGCUCAGAAUACGAUAGGGAAAAGAUAUGUUGACAACACUAUUGAUGUUAAAUAUGGGCCUAAACACACAUUUUGGUCAUCAAGUCCCUCUGGUGAAAUAGAGGAGGGCAGUUCAGUGACUCUGAGCUGCAGCAGUGAUGCUAACCCAGCAGCUGAGUACACCUGGUUCAAGAACAACCAACCUCUGCUCUGGGGACCAAGUCAACGUCAUACCUUCCCUUCAGUCCGCCCUGAAGACAGAGGAACGUACCGCUGUCACGCAGAGAACAAAUAUGGACAUUUGAGCUCUAACUCAAUGUUCUUAAAUGUUACAUACGCUCCAAAGACCCCCUCAGUGACCGUGAGUCCCUCUGGUGAAAUAGAGGAGGGCAGUUCAGUGACUCUGAGCUGCAGCAGUGAUGCCAACCCAGCAGCUACCUACACCUGGUUCAAGGACAACCAAACUCUGCUCUGGGGACCAAGUCAACCUCAUACCUUCCCCUCAGUCCGCCCUGAAGACAGAGGAACGUACCGCUGUCACGCAGAGAACCAAUAUGGACAACUGAGCUCUAACUCGAUAUUCAUGGAUGUCCAGUACGCUCCAAAGACCCCCUCAGUGACCCUGAGUCCCUCUGGUGAAAUAGAGGAGGGCAGUUCAGUGACUCUGAGCUGCAGCAGUGAUGCCAACCCAGCAGCUACCUACACCUGGUUCAAGGUUAAUAGAGGUCGUUCUCCCAGAAAGAAGAACCAGGGACCACAACUCGUCUUUAGCUACAUCGUGUCUUCAGAGUCUGGACAGUAUCGCUGUGAGGCUCAGAAUACGAUAGGGAAAAGAUAUGUUGACAACACUAUUGAUGUUAAAUACGCUCCAAAGACCCCCUCAGUGACCGUGAGACCCUCUGGUAAAAUAAAGGAGGGCCGUUCAGUGACUCUGAGCUGCAGCAGUGAUGCCAACCCAGAAGCUGAGUACACCUGGUUUAAGGACAACCAACCUCUGCUCUGGGGACCAAGUCAACGUCAUACCUUCCCCUCAGUCCGCCCUGAAGACAGAGGAACGUACCGCUGUCAAGCAGAGAACCAAUAUGGACAACUGAGCUCUAACUCGAUAUUCAUGGAUGUCCAGUACGCUCCAAAGACCCCCUCAGUGACCGUGAGUCCCUCUGGUGAAAUAGAGGAGGGCAGUUCAGUGAUUCUGAGCUGCAGCAGUGAUGCCAACCCAGCAGCUGAGUACACCUGGUUCAAGGUUGAUACAGAUCGUUCCUCCAGAAAGAUGAACCAGGGACCACUACUCGUCUUUAGCUACAUUGUGUCUUCAGACUCUGGACAGUAUCGCUGUGAGGCUCAGAAUACGAUAGGGAAAAGAUAUGUCGACAACACUAUUGGUGUUAAAUAUGGGCCUAAACACACAUUUUUGUCAUCAAGUCCCUCUGGUGAAAUAGAGGAGGGCAGUUCGGUGACUCUGAGCUGCAGCAGUGAUGCCAACCCAGCAGCUGAGUACACCUGGUUCAAGAACAACCAACCUCUGCUCUGGGGACCAAGUCAACCUCAUACCUUCCCCUCAGUCCGCCCUGAAGACAGAGGAACGUACCGUUGUCACGCAGGGAACCAAUAUGGACAUUUGAGCUCUAACUCGUUGUUCUUAAAUGUUACAUGUGAGUUGACAAUCUGA